CAUCAUUAGCCUUGUCCCAUGUGGCAGCAAGUUCUGCAUAAGCCAUUUUUAGGGGAGGGGUUGUUUUAUUAAAAUAUUUUAUGGAGAAUCCCAACCAUACAAAAAUAGUAAAAUGAACUGUCACCUACUUACCAAUUACCAACUCAAGCCAAGCUCUUCAUCUGUAACCCUUCCGCACCCUCUUUCCCUUUCCCCAUCUGAAUUAUGGUGAAUCACGUACUUGUCAUUAUGUGAAUUAAUCUUAAUAUUUCAACCUUUCUCUGAAGGAUAGGGGCUUUUAAAUAUGCCAUUAUUACACCUAAAGAGAUUGACAAUUCCUUAAUAUCAAGAAGUCAGCAACAUUGCUGAUACUUUAAAACACCAGAAAAACCAUGUACAAGCCAUAAUUGUACUCAGUUUGAUGAGUUUUCACAAACAGAUGUAAAUACCAUUUUCAGUGUCUGCAAUUCUGUCAAGUCAUCUCUUAGUCUCCGAAAGUGGAUUCCACAUAUCCAAUGAGGAUGCAGAGGAGACAGGGCUGGCGCCAGGCUGCGCUAUUACAAGAUCUCUAAAGUCCUGAAGUUCAAGCUUUAACACUUAAGUGCCAAGGACCCAGGGCAAGUCAUGAAUUCCAAGCCUCUUUUAUUUUUUAAAUGGGAAAUUCUUUAAAAAGGACCUUGCAGGUACGACGGGAGCAUUUGAGAUGGUAAUCCGAAUAUAUUUAUUACAUAUACCAUAUAAACAUGCUGUAUAAAUUUAUCCGUUAUCAUUAUGUAACGAUUAACAACAAAAGGUAACAUUUAGCGCACCCGGCACUGGACUGAUUUCUUUACAUACGUUAUCUCCUAUGUCUGAACGUGUGCCGAGCAUCUUGUUUGGCGCUUAGUUGUAAUUUUCGUUCCAGCAUGGCCACACCGUGCUCGUUUUUGGAGCUGAAGGCCUGAGAAGUUAACAAUCUAGGUUUGUACAGCACCUCAGUAGCAGGGCCGGGACUGGAACAGUGCCCUGGGCGGUAGUUCCGGCUCCCUCUGGCGGCCCUCCAGGGCACCGGCGCUCUCCCAGCCCAGCCGCGCUUGGGCCUCAGGUCUUCCCGUAGUACACAGUUCCGCCCCUUCGAAUUCUGCAAGGUUCCGUAUCCCGGCCCUCUUCUCUCAGCCAAUCAUCGCGGGCUUGGAAUAACGGAGGGCGGGGCUCUCACGAGACUGGCAGCCCCGUCAGUCUCUAACGUGAGGGUGGGAUAGACAGCGCUGUCAUCCAAUAGGAGUAAACCCAGAGUCCGACGCGAGCCAAUGGGGCCGGGAGGUGGGGUUCGGUCGUCUUAGAAGGGACCCAGGGGAUUGUCGCCGCUAUCCCGGCGUCGGACGUGUGGGACAGCUGCCUGAGUCCUCGGGUGCAGUGUUCGCUGCUGCCAUGAGCUAUACAGGCUUUGUCCAGGGAUCUGAAACCACUUUGCAGUCGACAUACUCAGACACAAGCGCUCAGCCCACCUGUGAUUAUGGCUAUGGAACUUGGAACUCUGGGACAAACAGAGGCUACGAGAACUAUGGCUACGGCUAUGGCUACGGCCAGGAUAACACCGCCAACUACGGGUACGGUACGGCCGCCUCAGACUCUUGGGAAAUGCCUAACUCGGACACAAAUGCAAACCCCAGUGCUGCGGGUAGCGCCGGUGCCGAUUCCGUUUUGUCCAGAAUUAACCAGCGCUUAGAUCUGGUGCCACACUUGGAGACAGACAUGAUACAAGGAGGCGUGUAUGGCUCAGGCGGAGAAAGAUAUGAUUCCUAUGAGGCCUGUGACUCGAGGGCCAUUCUGAGCGAGCGCGACCUAUACCGGUCAGGCUACGACUAUGGCGAACUUGACCCCGAGAUGGAAAUGGCCUACGAGGGCCAAUACGAUGCCUACCGCGACCAGUUCCGCAUGCGUGGCGGCGACACCUUUGGCCCACGGGCUCAGGGCUGGGCCCGGGACUCCAGGAGUGGCCGGCCGAUGGCCUCGGGCUAUGGGCGCAUGUGGGAAGACCCCAUGGGGGCCCGGGGCCAGUGCAUGCCUGGUGCCUCCCGGCUGCCCUCCCUCUUCUCUCAGAACAUCAUCCCCGAGUACAGCAUGUUCCAGGGCAUGCGUGGCGGGGGCGCCUUCCCAGGUGGCUCCCGCUUUGGCUUCGGGUUUGGCAAUGGCAUGAAGCAGAUGAGGCGGACCUGGAAGACCUGGACCACGGCCGACUUCCGGACCAAGAAGAAGAAGAGAAAGCAGUGUGGCAGUCCCGAUGAACCAGACAGCAAAGCCACCCGGACGGACUGCUCAGACAACAGUGAUUCAGACAAUGAUGAGGGCACUGAGGGGGAGGCCGCAGAGGGCACUGAAGGCACCGAGGCUGUGGAGAAGGGCUCCAGAGCAGAAGGAGAAGACGAAGAGGGAAAAGAAGAAGGCAAAGAAGAAAGCAAAGAGGAUGUGGAGAAGGGGGCCCUGAGCACCCAGGAUGAUAGUGGCCAGAUCAAGCGCAAGUUGCAGGCAGGCAAGAAGAGCCAGGACAAGCAGAAAAAGCGGCAGCGAGACCGCAUGGUGGAAAGGAUCCAGUUUGUGUGUUCUCUCUGCAAAUACCGGACCUUCUACGAGGAGGAGAUGGCCAGCCACCUCGAUAGCAAGUUCCACAAGGAGCACUUUAAAUAUGUAGGCACCAAGCUCCCCAAGCAGACAGCCGACUUUCUGCAGGAGUAUGUCACCAAUAAGACCAAGAAGACAGAGGAACUCCGGAAAACCGUGGAGGACCUUGAUGGUCUGAUUCAGCAGAUCUACAGAGACCAGGAUCUAACCCAAGAAAUUGCCAUGGAGCAUUUUGUGAAGAAGGUAGAGGCAGCCCACUGUGCAGCCUGUGACCUCUUCAUUCCCAUGCAGUUUGGGAUCAUCCAGAAGCACCUCAAGACCAUGGAUCACAACCGCAACCGCAGGCUCAUGAUGGAGCAGUCCAAGAAGUCCUCGCUCAUGGUGGCCCGCAGCAUCCUCAACAACAAAAUCAUCAGCAAGAAGCUGGAGCGCUACCUGAAGGGUGAGAACCCGUUCACCGAUAGCCCCGAGGAGGAGAAGGAACAGGAGGAGGCCGAGGGCGGCGCCCUGGACGAGGGGGCGCUGGUCGAGGGGGCAGGGGGCGCGGAGGGUGCAGAGGGCGCGCCGGCGCAGCCCCCAGUGCCCCCGGAGCCGGCCCCCGGGGCCGCGUCCCCACCGCCGCCGCCGCCGCCGGAGGAGGAAGAGGAGGGGGCCGUGCCCCUGCUGGGCGGGGCGCUUCAGCGCCAGAUCCGCGGUAUUCCGGGCCUCGAUGUGGAGGCCGACGACGACGAGGAGGGUGGCGGGGGCGCACCGUAACCCGGGCUCCGGGCGGGCAGGACCCGCGUGGCCAAAUCUGGAAGCCGAGCCUAAUAAAGCUCUUCCCAUCCCA